GGGAGCUAGAUUAAGCUCAUUUGCUUCGUCACCACGCGACGCGUUUCUUUUCCCAGGGGAACGCGCUACGCGAAAUACCUGCAAACACAAAUUUGCAAAAGUGUGCUGUGAAAGAUUGCUGAACGGAUGUUCAAUGGAUUUCAUUUUAGGUUGUCGUUGUUGAAUUUACGAAAAGUGACAUUCCUUGAGAAUUCCAGUCAACAUAAACUCCAGAACAGACACGAAAAUGAAAUUGGUUAACUAAAGGGUCUAAACGAAAAACUCCUUAUUAAAACUUUGGUACUACUCAAAAUCCACCAAUUUUUUAUUGACCACAGGCCUGUAAUCAAUUACAUUUGGUUGUUCUCUUCGUCCCCCCCCUUGCACUUCACUGCCCAUACAGAAUCCUUCGCCAACUACUCAUUCAUCCACGAACAGGUUUUCUUGUUACUGAGUACUACAAUUGGUAAUCCGUGUGCUGGCCAAAGUGCCCAUAGCGUUUACCAUGGCGAAGCUUUUAAUGCUGCCGAUUCGCGGGCUUUUUUGGCUUAUGAAGGCUGCUGUUCAUCAUUUCAUGCUUCUUGUUGCUAUUUCUAUUAUGACUGGGGCACAAAUAGUGAAUGCAACUUUAAGACAUGAUGUUUCGCGCUUUAUAUACGUGUUACAAUUCAGCAUGUAUGUGCUGUCUGUGCUCACGUAUAAUCUCGUGAAUUUCACGCACCCUGGAACGCCAAAGUCAGUGCUUGGCUAUCGUGAGCAUUUGAUGCCGAAGAAUGUGCGGCGAUGUCAGAAAUGCCAAUACGUAAAGUAUUCUCGUACUCAUCAUUGUUCCCAGUGCAGAUCGUGCAUUCUUAGGAUGGAUCAUCACUGCAUAUGGUUUCAACACUGCAUUGGAUUUCGAAACCAGAAGUUUUUCUUCCUUCUUCUCGUAUACCUGUCUAUGUAUGCCAUGUUUACGGCAUAUAUGUGCAUUAAAUCACUGCACCUAUACCUAAGUGGUCUUGACGAAAAUACCCGGCUCUCUUGGCUACCUGUAUUGUGGAUUGGUCAGCUUAUUUUUUCGUUUUCUAUGUUUGUCAUUCUCAGUGUAUUCUCAGUGUAUCAUGCUUCACUCAUUUUACGCAACAUCACGACAUUGGAAACUCUGAGUGCAUCUUGGUCGCGGUACUCUUCUACCACGCAACCCUUCAACGUUGGCUGGCUUGCCAAUUGGAAACAAAUCAUGGGCCCCUCUGUUUUCCUCUGGUUCCUUCCGUACCUGAAUUCAAUGGGAGACGGGACAGAGUUUCCGCUCAACAUGGAGCGUUUGGAAAAUGGCGAUCGCAUGUACGAAUGGGCAGAUGAGCCAAAUAGCUCGUCCAUGCGCCAACAGUACACAGAUCCGCUGAGGCUGCAAGAGCAAUGGAGCAGUGAUGAGGAACAGUAUGCUAUGAGAAAUCGGCAAUGGAAUCCGCACACGGGACAAUAUGAGUGGAUUGAUGAUCUACUGGUAUGAGAACAUAUAGAGCCGACUGGCUCAUUCACCAAGCUUUUUGGUUUGUUCUUACUAUACCGCCCCUUGGUAUUUUAAGUAACACUGUAUUUACGAGAUGUUCGUCAAGGUGUCCAUCUCAUGCGCUCGUUUUUUCUUACUAUAUUUUCCUUUUUGUUAUUCAAAAAUGUCUCUACUGAUUUAGUUCAUUCCUUUUAUUUCGAACGACGUCUACAAUCUAGACUGACCUAAAUGUUCCAGUCUUCUAUUCACUACAUUUGCAGACAGCCUCUCACUCAGGCUACGGCAACAAAAGCCAUUCUCUCCUUUUCCAUUUCAGCAAUUCAGCAUUGCUUUCUGCUUAUUAUAGCUCGUAAAGUUUCGUUGCAAUUCAGUAAUUACCUAAUAGCCCUCGGAACAUAUGCAUCACUAAGUCGCGUUAUUUCGAACCCCA